GUGCCUCCGAUUGCCUGCGCACCUCCGCCGCCCGCCCGCCCGCUCCCUUCCCAUCCUAUCCAGGCCAGCAGGACGCAGACGCAGACGUAGGACGCACCUCCCGGGGCGCGUUGCGAUGUGUCUUGAUUCGUGAGGCACACACAUGUCAUUAUUGUCGUUGGGUUGGAUCAUCGCGUGUGGUGGCGGCUUGGCGAGCGCGGGCUCAGAGCAAAGCAUCCGUGCGUCGACGACUUUAGCUCCCGUAGCUGGUCUCGAUCUUAAUUGGAUGUUGGCAUCCACCGUGCCCCGCUCAACUGCUAUCAGACUAAACUCUGAUCCUGAAGAGGAAGAGGCUCGUCGUUGCUGAAUGAGCACUACUACUCUGCUGCUGGCUGCCUCUACCACUCCUCUCUCACCACCGCGCCGGUCAUCGGCUCUCAUUAUCAACCACCACCGCCCUUCCAUUCUUCGUUAUCACCGCGCUUGCUGCCCACCCACCACCCUCUCUUCGCUACCUCGUCUACUCGAGCCUCGCUGCCCCUUCGCCGCCUCCGCCGUUGACGCAGGACCCUGUCGCCUCGACACCGAUCCUUGCGCAUCCAUCUCUCAACAGCGGACGCCUGUUCUUGGCGUCCAUAAUGAUAAGAAGGCGACCCAUUGCCCCAACCGCACACGGACGUUCAAUGUCCUGCAGGAGCCAGUGUGGUUAGAGCGUAGCUGGAUUGCGAGUCUGCUGGCCGCUUUGCAUACGGCGACUCGACCCCGCAAGAAAAGCUUCUGGCGCGAGCGUUGAGAUUGGCGAUGUCAACGGAUUCGCUGGAGAGGAACAGCGGAGAGAAUGGGUUCCUUGUGGUACUCCCGUCCGGUCAGGACGGCGGCAGUGGCGAUGUGGACGACACACCUCGCUCGGAGGCCCCUCCUCCCCUACUCGACGUCACCACACCGCGGACUACGGAAGCAGCGGUGGCCAAGAGCAUCGACUACUUCAGUCAAUCUUCUGCCGUCGCUGCAGGCAACCAACCACCGCAUGGGGACAGUGCAGAGGUCGCUGUGGGCGACUGCACGGCGACCAAUGCCCAGGAAGCCAACAAAGCCCAAGGACACACACAUCCACCACCAGGCUCCGUCUCCACACCAGACGCCCUGCUGUCUCCACGGCCCGCCGCCCAGCACACUCCUUCCAGUCAGAGCAUUGACAGCGUCGAGAGUGUAGACAGUGUAGCGACACUAAAGGCCGCCCGGCCGAUUCUUCAACCUUCAGGAUCCUCAUUCCCGGAUCAAUCAUUUGCAGCAUUGCACUCCCAGUACCACGGAACCUACUACCGCCCUUCACAUAUGCGCAAACCCUUGCCUCCUGUUCCAUACAGCCCGGUGGCCAACUUCGCGACUGCGAUAGCAUCACAUCAUCCAAGGGCUGGUCAAUCUGCGCCCGGCUCUCCUGCUGGCGGUCCCAACUAUGGUCUCUUCAGCCCAUCAUCCAUGACAGCUGUGAGAUCCGACACUUCGUCGGCGACAUAUCCGAGUCCAUUCUUGCAUCACACUCAACGGCACGUGCCCAAGGAAACCCACAUCGCCGAUGUCGAUGUUGACCCGAUUUCUGGACGGAAGGUGAUCAACCAUUACGAAAUCAUGGAUGAACUCGGACGAGGAACGCAUGGCAAAGUCAAGCUCGGUCGCGACCUCCACCACGACAAUGUCUAUGUGGCAAUCAAGAUUGUGGAACGCUUUUCGAAAAGACGAAAGCUAGGACGGCUCGGCACUACUGAGGACAAGGUAAAGAAGGAGGUCGCCAUCUUGAAAAAGGCUCGUCACCCCAACGUGGUGGCACUCUUGGAAGUGAUUGAUGACCCUUCGCGCAAGAAAGUUUACAUUGUGCUCGAGUGGGUAGAGAAGGGCGAGAUCAACUGGAGACGGAAAGCACCCAGAGAGAUUGCAAUGGUAGAAGCACGAAGAUACGAAAGAGAAAGCCGCGAAGCGAAGACUGGAAAGCACGACGAGCGCCUCGCAGCACAAGAUCGCGCAGUGCUUGAAGAGGCCAAGAAGCGUCUCGACAAACAGAAGAGACGACAGAUCAGAACUUAUCGACGAAUGCGACGCGGUGUCGACGAAGCACCAGAGGUCUGGAGCAACGAAAUGGCUGGUGAAGACGAUAUGAGUGAGGAGUCAGAAGAAGACCGACUGUCCCGGAUAUCGUCCAUCACUGGCGAGAUGAGCGUGCCUCUUGCGCAACAAGCGACACAGUGGCUGGACAUUGGUGCAGAAAACCCAUCGCCUACCACCGAGCCGCUCAACAUCCCCCGCAACGUUGAUUUCAACCUCACUGGCUUGGAAGGGACAAUGUACGGCGCCUACGACCCGAAUUCCGAUCCGAACUCUACAGAGUCGAGCCUCCCUAGCAGUCUUCAGGGCUCUCAGCACGGCAGCGUAGAAGGUCUAUCAGAGCUCGCUCACGAAGUCCUGGACUCGCACCUGGACAGCGAGCUUGAAUACGUACCAAUCAUGUCCAUGAACGAGAUUCGUGGCGCGUUUCGUGAUACUGUGCUUGGCCUUCAAUACUUGCACUAUCAGGGUAUCAUUCACCGUGACAUCAAGCCACCAAACCUACUCGCUACUCACGAUAAUCACGUGAAGAUCUCAGACUUUGGAGUAUCUUACCUCGGCCGGCCUAUCCACAACGGAGAAGGCGAGGAUGUCAGUGAGACUGAAGCACUGGACCUCGACGAUGAGGCGAAAGAAUUGGCCAAGACUGUGGGAACUCCUGCCUUCUACGCACCCGAACUGUGUACCAUCGACCCAACCGAUGAGCCACUGCCCGUGACGAACGCUAUUGACAUAUGGGCAUUGGGUAUUACCCUCUUCUGCAUGCUUUUCGCUCGCACGCCAUUUGUAGAGAGCGAGUAUGUUGUGAUGAGAAGCAUUGCAGAGGAGGAAGUAUACAUCCCAGCGCAACGGCUUCUCCCUGUCGACAGCAGGCCUAAAUCACGCCCAUCUUCACAUGGACGAGGGAUAUCUCCGCAGUGGGCGCGCAAACGAAACGAACUUGAAUUUGUCUAUGAGGAUCUCGGGGACGAUCUACUUGAUUUACUCCACAAGCUGUUGAUCAAGGACCCGCGCAAGCGCAUCACACUGGAAGAGAUUCGACAUCAUCCAUGGGUGCUCGCAGACAUCCCGAAUCCGCUUAGGUGGUUUGACGAGUCGGAUCCGAGACACCACCAGGAGCAUCAGAAGAUCGAGAUUUCGAACGAAGAACUCAAGGCGGCUGUCGUGCCAUUGAAUCUGGUGGAGCGUGCCAAAAGCGUAGUCAAGUCCAUGCUUGGUAAAGGUCGGGAUCUCGUUAUGCCUGGCGGAACGGGCCGAGCGCGAGGCAAGUCCAACGCCGGUUCGCCUGCGACGUCUGCGCAUUCGUCUAGUAGUACGAUCAGUCAAGACGCCAGGCGUUCCAGCAUCUUCGGCAGCGAAGAGCUCUUUGUGACCGCACUCAGAACCUCGCAUGGCGACUCACAUGGCGAGCAUCCAUUGUCUAAAAGUGUGGCUGCUAGUCCGGAGCAGGAGCACCCAGAAAAGCUUGCCCCCAGACUGAAUGGCACCAGCGACUCUAGCGGCCGUCGCAAGAGGAUGAUACAUCGGCCGAGUCCACCUCAUCGAGCGAUGACAAUCACUUCCAAUACGCCCUCUAUGCGUACAGUUACACAAUCUGACUAUCAAAGAGGCGUUGUAUCGAGGUCGCCUCCACCUCCACCUUCGCCUGGCCUGCCUGGCACGCCUCAGGAAGUGGCGUCCCCAGGCGGCAGUAGUCUUGGGGGCCUUCUUGGUGGCCCCGGUCGCAUUAUUGACCGUGUCCGUGCUCGGAGCAGACAGAGAUCUUUCGAUACGCGAGGUCUUUCCAGUGAAAGGGGUUCCGAGACAGGUUCCGUGCAGUCCUCCGAUCCUCACGGCGAGGCCAGCGUCGCCAUUAGCAGUGCCACGGCUACUGGUCUUGUUCAGCAACCGGACCUCCUCCGUGGUGAUUUCACGCCCCAGUCGAGCGCACAUAAUAGCCCCGCCUCGUCUCGCUCACACUCCGCAGCAUCCGACUAUCAAUAUCUGCAGCCCACGCCCGGACCGCUGUCACGCCUUGGCUCGAACAGUUCCCUCACUUCGACUGGACGGCUUGAGGCGUACCGCAAAUCGCCAGUGUCGCGUCCUCGUCAGCUCAAUGAGUCGACACCAGAAGACUGGGAACGUGCUAAAGUGGAGCAGGUGCGCAGGCGUGUUAACGAGCACCUGCAACGACAACAGGCGGAAAUGGCUAAUGCCGCUUCAUCGGGAACUUGCGGCUCCCCUGCGUCUACUUCAAAUGGAACAUGUCCUCCCAGUCCGGAUGAUCAUGUAAAGGUGCGACAAGAGUCACAAGUUCCAUCCCUCACUGGAGCAUCUACACCUGCAACACCUGAUGAGGUUCUGAGCCCAAGUGGAACUGCUGACCACUUGCCACCAGCUCUGGCAUCGAGUUCCUCAGAUUUCGGCUCCGCAGUAUCGAUGUCGAUUAGUAACCCAUCGAUUCCGUCUGCCAUAUCUGAAGCGUCAUCUGUCGAUUUUGGCGAAGCAGACACCAACGUAGGACGAAAGGAGUCUUCGGACGACACUUUGAAUUCUUCUGGGCAAUACCGCCAUAGUGACGAACACUACGACGCGGGCUAUUCGCCCGAUGAGGAAGCCACGAUCAACAGCGAUGACGACGACUUUGACUCGUCCUCCGAUAGUGACGGCGGCCUUGUCAUGUCUCGUCGUAGGUCUGCGGCCAGGGCGGUGCCGACAUCCAAGGCGCGACGUGGUACUGGACAUUCCAUACGAUCGAAAAAGUCUUCGCGCAGUGGUUCCAGCAAUACAGUCAGGACUCGAGAAAGCAUGAAAAAGGUUAGGACCCGAGAAAGCAGCGAUGAGCAGACUCGGGUCUCGCUCGAUAUUCACGAGGAGUGACCUACCCUUUCGCGACACUUCUACGAAACCACUACCUUUUACAACAUGAACAUCCAAUGAUGACCUAACGAAAUGAAGGAUACCCGAAUAUAUGCCCAGAAUGAAAGUAAUGGCGUAUUCAAGCAAGAUCUCUACCCUUCUCAAGGAACUCACACCACUCUACCCUUUACUUCUCGAUUCAUGCUUGCGAUGAAGCACUUGCAACCCCUUGUGGCGUAUCGAUCACAAGUGUAUGCAUACGAUGUUGCAUGUCUUGCACACUGAAAAAAAAACUUGGCAUUUCGAGCGCAGGCGUUUACAAUGAUAGACAGGAAAGGAUGGGAUGACUGAACAGCCUGGGGAGAUUCGCAAAAAGUAGCAUGGGAGACAGUUUGCACCAUACAGAGAUGGUGAGUAAGCAAGGAAGCAUGGGAAGGAACUUUUGUGUCGCUCCGCCAUGCCCUCUUCAAAGGCAAAGUGGCCCCUCUGGCCCUCUGGGCGAGAUUUUCUGUGUAGUAUAUAGCAUACGAGAGGAGAGGGCGAGGCAUGGCAUGGCAUGGCACGGCAGUCGUUUUGUGUGUAUGUGUGUGUGUGUUCUCUAUGAGUUACUCUCCUCUGCAUUUGUAGGCGGAAUGAUGAUGAUUGAUGGAAGGGGGAACGGAUGGAUGGAUGGACGGACGAAUGGAUGGCCGGAUGGAUGUGGAGGAGAGGUAACUAACUGCUCGAAGAACCUUUCAACAGUAUUCGCACUGCGCGCGUACGCGGAAUUUGGAAGUGAGUGUGAGAGCGAGAGCGAGAGUAUAUGCCUAAGGUAUGCUUUGUAUUCUUGUAUAAUACAAGUUAUUUUACAGUUCGUUCUUACCUAUUGGCGAAAAUCUCAUCUUCAGAAUUAUAA